AAAAUACUAAAUCUCCACAAAACCCCUUCUGAUAAUAGUAAAUGAUAGUGCUUUUCUGUGUUGAAAUUUUAAACUUUUUGACUAAAAUAUUAUCGUGUAUUUAUAUUUGUAUGUUCUUUAAAUGGAAAAUUAGUAACCGAACUAGGACAAGCACUUAGAAACUUUUUUAUUGUUUUCUAAAAUAUAUGUGAAGAAACUUGUAGGCAAAAUGAUUCUUUGUCUGACUUUCUAACACUUAGUUAUUAAAAUGUUUGUAACUGAAAAUUAAUGCACUUCGUCUUGAUCAGAAUUAGAUAAUUCAUCACAUACUAAUUUACAUUAAUUGUAUAGAUUGAAUCAGUAUAGACGUUAAAUUAUGUUAAUUACGAAAAUUGGCAGUAAUUUGAAUACCUAGAAUCUUGUUGUGUUGUUGCAAUCAAUACCACUUAUCUGUUGAGUUGUAUGUAGAGCGGUUUAAAGCAUCCUUAAAGUUAACACUUUUUAAGCGCUUUAAGUAAUUGUUACUUUGAGGAUGUAAUCUAUAUUAUCAGAUUAGUACUAUCCAUAAAAUAUGAAAUCUGUGUAGUUAGUUGUCGCUUUUCUGACCAUUCAAAUACUAUUAUUUGACUAUAAGUUUUUUCAAGGUAUUACUAUCGUAUGUUGGAACUGUUGAGUGAGCACUGUUGAAGGUAGACGCAUGGUGCUAGACAAAGAUUAUAAAUCUUCAUUGAGUGAGGUGUUUGGAACAUGUAUUACGUGUACCCAACAACCACCUACCUUGACUCACGAUAUUUGAUGACCUGGGAGCGAGUUUGAAAGAAACUACGGGCGUUCAGAAUAAAAGUUGGCAUCGAUCUUUGAAGUCAUUGAUCACUGGACUAGGCCAUGUUAGUAAAUUAUGACUACCUUGCUGAAGUCAACUCAAUUAUCAUAACUAACGGUUUGAGAGUGACUAUACGGCUCAGAAUUGAUUUCAGUGACACAGACUCACUCAUUCUUUAUCUUUCCUAAGAUCCUGUAUUUUGAAAUUAUUUUAUAUCUUUUAAGCAUCUUUCUCGAAUUACGUUCUCUAUCCCUAAUUUCUUUUUACUAUCGCUGAUACUGUUACUAAUUUUAUGGCUUUGGCAUUCAUUCUGAUAGCCUUUUCUCUUUGUGAUGUGGUGUGAGAAUGUUUACUGAUAUAGUGAUGUGCCAGAUUUUACGUUGGUUAUGGCUAAUUAACUUAUUGAUCGUUACGUUUUUAUCAAUACUUAAUCUCUUUUUUCUACUGCCAAAUAUCAAGUAUUAUAUGGGAUUAGUAAUUUUUCAAGAGAUUGGAAGUUACUAACAACUAGCGUUUCCGUUGAUCACUUUGAAUAUGUAUCUGAGAUCAUAGUACCAAUUUUUAUUUACCACUGUCCUUACUUCAAUCGAGUUAUGCUUUUGUCACUGCACUUUUUCUGUUGCAAAGAUUCUUUAGAUAAUCCUUGUUGGAGAUAUUACUUCUACUAAUCAAUUUGACGUUAUCAUCAUUUUUUCAUUUUUAUAGAAUUGUGGAUGCGGAAGUGCAUUUUAUGUUAGUGAAAUAUAGUAGGUAAUGACAUAGGCACUUAGAAAUAACCUAAUCUGUCCUUUUUUUGUCCCGAAGAUCAUGAUGUCCUCUUGGUUCGAAUAGAGAAUCUGUCAACAUCACUAAACAAUUGAAAAAUGAUUCAUCUUUAAAUAUUAUGUUCGAUGGAUGGUAGUUUUGAUUUUGCCAGUUCUCGUCAUCAAAAAAUCUAGUGAUCAACCCAAUCAACAGUAUAAUUGUUUCGUGAUGAAAAUGUUACUUCAUCAGAUAUAAGUGGUGUGCAUCAUCAAUAGAAAGUGAAAUACCUAGAUGCAGAAAGUUAAGAAGAUCAAAGGAAAGAGAAUGAUUGAUUUGCAAACGAAGAAACAAUGACAUCUGAGACGAUUGAUUGACUUUGCGAAUCAAGUAUUUACUGUAUAGUUUUCAGAUUUUACUAGGACGUUCUGUAAUUUUCUAUAUAAUUUGAUUGUCCCACCUGUGUUCUCGUUCACUACACUAGUACUAAGGAAAUUGUAGAUCUAGGUUACGACGCUUCGAGACUGCAUAUAUUUACACGAAACAAUUCGCUAUGUUAUAAUCAUAGAGUGGUUGACCGUUAGUGAUAUCCAUGUUUGAAUAUUUCAAGUGAAUGGGUAAAAAAUAUACAACUUUUGUUAUGCCAGACCGUUCUGAAUGUCAUCCAAAUUGUUAUAAAUAUGAAUUUUCAAAAGUAAUAAAGUUCCACUAGGAAUGUACCAUGUUAGAACCUCGUCUUAGUAGAUACUGUUUAGCUGUUUAUAUCGUAUGUUUUUCGGUAAUUUACAAACUCUGAAAACAAUGGUUCUCCAAUAUUUUCUAUCUACAUAAAGAUUCUGUUGAAAUCACAUUCUCUGAACUGGGCGUCUUAGUUGUAAGUCUUUAGUUGUCUUUCUAUUUUCAUACAUACAUUAGGGAUUCAGGUGGGACAUGUUUCUUGUUCGUUAUACCUUAUUAAAUUUGAGACAAAGGUUCUGUAUUUUAAUCUGGAAAAAUACUUAAUCCAAUCAUACUGCUCAUCCAUAUCAUGGACUUUGAGUCAAUUUAAUUUAUUCAUUACAUUGUUGGAAGAUUUUAUUAUUUAGUCAGUUAAUCAACAUUAAUUAGUUAUGUGAUUUAUUACAAAUUUUCCUAUAUGAACUUUUAGCCGCUCUUAUGCCGACCACAUCCGAUUUACUAUCUAAACCUGAAAGAGAAAAAUGCUGGAAAUCACGUGAUGCAUUUUGGGAAUGUGUUAUUGAUGUAAUCUCAAAAAAUUCAGAACCUGAUGAAGAGUUGGUAAGAAAACAAUGUAGCAAACAAAGAAAACUUUACGAAGAAAUGUGUCCACGAGUAUGGGUCAAUUUUUUCGACAAGAAGAGAGAUUUUGAACUUUUCAAGGCUAAGAAAUUUGAGGAGGAGUUGUUAAAUAGCGCUAGUUCACAGAAAAGUCAUGUUCCCUUGUACAACCUGCUUCGUUUGUUUACUUUAUUUUUGAAACUCUCCAUGAAUAGGUCACAACUUUAUGGCAAGAAAAAGAAAAAAAAGAAAAGCUAUACAACAUUAUCUGUGAAUAAUGUUGGAAAAAGAAAUCCACUUACCAUUGAUAAAUAUUUUCAAAGAAGGAAAUAAACAAUAAAUCAGACCAUAAUGUAAAGCAAAAGAAAACAAGCUGAAGAUGAAGUGAUACCAAAAAUUUAAAAUAUUUACUUAAAUGAUAUACACUUAUAUUUGACAGUGAGAAUAAGUAUGUGAAAGAUAUUCACAGUAUACUCUAUUACGAUCAAUGUUAAAAGUUUUAAAUCAUAAGUUUUGUAAUAAAUACAAUGGAUAUGGUAGUUUUCGGAUUAUUAGUAAAACUGUAAUAGUUCGUUUAUAUUAAAAUUUCUGAU